AUUUGAUGUAUUUCCUUGUGUGUUGAUUGCUUCGUGUGCGUGUAGUGUGGUUGGUGUCAUGCUGCACAUUGAUUGUGCACCCACACUCCAGCUUUCUCUGGUUGAGUGAGGAGAGCCCUGAUGGCAGGGCAGUGUGCUAGCCGUCGUAUCGCCAAUCCAUAACUCCUUCCUCUGGUGAUCGACUCAAUGUAGGCUGCAGGCGUGCGUGUAUCUAUGGUACCUCGGCAAUAUUUUCGUGUACUGCAAGCUAGCGCUUAUACUGUCCACCUACACACUGUUGUCCAAUCGUCGGUUCAUUUUGGUUAGCGGGCGACCAUCAAUCCCAAUCUUUCAACCUACCUUAUGUCGCUUCGAGCAUACUAAAUACAUACAUACAUCUUUUUGCUACCAUGAUCAAUGCAAUCAACGGCAGAAAGCACCUAAUCAACUAACAACCCUGUUCAGGCCAUACACCAGUUUACUGUUUUAGUGGUGAAACAAUAUUUGUGAACGGGGUGAGGAUUGUGGUGGAUCCGUGAUUUACCUAAUUUUAUGCCGAGUGGUGGUAAAACGUUUUUGAUCGCUGAAUACCGUGAACUGUGUUGUAGCUCUGUACCUUAUAGUAGACGUGCAAGCCGUUUUGUUAUCGGAUAAUAGCUCCCGACGCAUUAAGUAAACAGUAAUUGGUGUUUAUCUAGUGAUCCGUGAUCCCUCCCACGUGAACCAAAAGCAACAAUUCUGAAGGAAAGGGACAGAGGAACAUGAUAAAGAGAGGGUGCCGGUCGGAAGGUGAGGGGAGGGGCUGCUUUGCUUUUAAAUUUAAAUUUAAUUCCUCUUCCUGUUAAUUAAUUGAAUUAUUGGAUAUCCUUUUUUGCAAGGAAUGCUCGUUAUAUUUUAUUCCGAUAGAACCAAUCAAAUGAAAAUUAUCUGCCAUCACACACGGCGAGCCUGUUUUUAAGUGAGCAGCUUGUUUGACAGUGCUAAUUAUCCAUCAUUUUCUGCAUACGAUGCACGAUUUUGCACAACCAUUGACAUUGGAUGUAUAGGCUCUCAAUCGGCAUGCGAUCGGGGAUAUUACCCUUAGACUUAGACUACACGCAGCUUAGCGAAACGUACCGUAGAUUUGCGUAGCUGUCAAAUGGCAGUAGAAUGUUUGGGAUUCCACUGGGCCCUCCUAAUUGUACGUGUAGCGUAGUUAAAUGGCAGAAUACAUCAUUUUGCGUUUGGUUGGAAACUACGCAGCAACCCUAGGAUCUGUUCGGUUCCGCACCGACACAUCACUACUGGACAGUUUGAAUAUCCAUACAAUCAUUGCUAUUAUGUUUAUUUCGUUUUUUUUCACAAUGAUCGACUUGAGCAGAGAUUAUGUAGCGAUCAUAAUUUUGCUCUGCAGCAGUUGUAAAUACAGUUACCGUUACUAGCGGGAUGUUGAUAUUUAACGACAGGAAAUAGCGAUCUAUUCCACGCCGUUCCACGGCAAUAUGCGUGUGUGUAUAGAUAAGAGAAAUAGAAGAAAAAUGUAGGAGGGGAGGAGCGGAUUUACAAGAUAAGUUAACCUGAAGGUUUAAAAAGCAUAAACAUAUAGCGUGUUGAAACUCACUUUAUCUUGAUCGACAUUCUGGAUCCCUUGGCGAAGAACGCUGGCGGGAGAUUCGAUUUAAAUUCAAAUGGUGUAAAGUGCGGCAACAGCGCGCGCGGAGUUGCUGUCCACUUCGAACUGUGUGCGUGGAUCGUGGUUCGCACCGACUUUGGAAUGUCGAUGGAUAAGCUAAGCCGUAUGACUAGCAGCAGCAGUACGACUAGCAGCAUAAACAUUUGUAAAUAGUGAUUGCUAGCUACAUGUCCACAAGCAUGAGCGUGUGUAUGUGUCUGCGCUGGUGUGUGUAGGCGACGAGGAAGUAAGAAAUUUAAAUUUUUUUUCCAUUCUGGAUUAGCAAGAAUGGAUUCUGAUUAGAAAAGAUGUUUCUGACGUAGCAGACAUACGUACAUAACAACAAGCAUUCGAAUGCAAGUGGCUUCAUAAAACUCGGAGCGAAUCAUAUGAUCCAGCAACGAAUCAUAAACAGUUUUUUCUGUUCUGAUUUCCUUCCUACAAUCUAGUCUGGUACAAAGAUUUCACAGAGGUAAAUCCAGAGUGUGCACGCCAUUGAUAUAAAAAGAAUGACCGAGUGGGAAACGAAGACGUGUGGUUAUGCGAGAGUUAGAAAGAGAGAAAGAGCAAAGCGAGAGCACUGGAGUGUGAGCAGCGACAGAAUAAACAAUAACGGAUUCUGGCCGCUUGCUACCGCCACGUUGUCACCUAUCCUCACAUAUUACCAUCGUACCAUCAUUUGUGUGUUGAGCUGAUACGUGCGGGUGUACAUAUGCGUUAAGCGGCCCUUAGACGCACAAUACUAUUUCGUAAUAAUUGUAUGCAAUCUUUUCUUUCCAAAUAUAUUUGUCGUUUCUCGGCAACAUUGAUCAGAUUGCGUUACCAACUUAGAUCGAAGUUAAAUUUACUGAUAUCUCAAUAGCAUCAUCGGAAAUGGGGUAGCUGGGAACGCUAAUAGGAUGGCAAAUUUUUCAGUGCAACUGCCGACGGCACCACCUCAGCAAUCGUUUCGUAUAUGUUUGUAACACUACUGCUUCAUCAAUAUCAGAAUAAAGUGAAUGCAUUCGCAAUUAAAUCACAGUGGUUGUGCAGAAUCAAGUAGAUUUUCUAAAGUUGCUGCCAAAGAAACCGUUGUUGGUUGGUCAAUCCCAUGGACUCGUUCGAUUAGCAAGCCAAUUCUGCACGACCGAUCUUCCUUGCGCUCGAUCUCUGUGUUGCAAUAGACCGUAUCUGCACUGCUCUGGUAGUCUUUCGCUUGGCAUUUAGCUGCGAAUCUUCAAAAUUAUGCCCAAAGGGUCUAGUAAUGCAGAUUUACCACUCGGCUGGGAAGUCAACACCGACUACGAUGGCAAGAUUUAUUUUAUUGAUCACAUCAACAAGAAGACAACUUGGAUUGAUCCACGUGACAAGCACACUAAACCAGAAACUUUCGCCGAUUGCAUUGGCAACGAAUUGCCGUUCGGUUGGGAGGAGAGUUACGAUCCACAGAUUGGGACGUACUACAUCAACCACAACACGCAGUCGACGCAGCUGGAGGACCCGCGAUUGCAAUGGAAGAGUAAGCAGGAUGAGAUGUUGCGAGAGUAUUUAUGCUCAGCACAGGACACAUUGGAGGCCAAGAAGGAGAUUUUGAACGUUAAGACGCAAAGGUUACAUUUAGCACAGGAAGAGUACAAUCACCUCAAUGCACUAGCCGCUAGCCGAACCAGCCUUUGCUCGUCGACCAGCUCGUGCAGCACCAAGUUCGAUCCCGAGCUUCUGCGCGCCGAUUUGAACAUCGCGAAAGAGCGUGUAUUUCGGUUAAAAAAGGAACUGUAUAGGAUACACAAGGAGAUGCGCAGUACACAGAAAGGCGUUGAUACUUUAGCCAGCGUGGGGCAAAAAUUGAACUCACACAUAAACGGUUGCUACAACAUCAGUGAAGCACAGGCCAUUAUGGAGGAGGUGAAGAUGAUCCAAAAGUCACUGAUAACAGGCGAGCGGGAGAAAAAGGAAUUGAUGAAGAGCUUGGCGCAAGUGAAGGACGAUCUAACGCGGUUGCAGCUGCGCCAAGAGAGUCCGGACGCGUCUACCUUCAAUUUGGCACAAGAUCGCAUUUGUGCCGCAUCACAAACCGAUUUGUCAUCCGAAAACUUUCCGAUGGGUGCGCUAGAGAUGGCUAAGAUGCGGCAACGUUACGACGAGUGGCGUCGACGAGUGAAAGAAAUUCAGGAGCAACUAGCUGCUCUCGAGGAGAAGAUACGACCAGGAGAGCUGGAAUCAGACCAAGAUCGGUUACUACUAUUUCAAGAAAAAAAGCAGUUGCUGUUGGAGUAUCGUAGCAUCACACCCAAAUCGCGCUCACAUUCGGAGAUGCGGCGUAUUCAGAGCGUGUGUCGCCAAUUGGAAGCGGAUUUGAACAUGGCGUAUGAAGAAUCGAAUCAAUGCAUCGCACAUCGUUUAAAACUACAUGAAGAGAAACAAGCCUUGCUGCAACAACUGCUCGAAGCUCUCAAGGAGUUUACGCAUCUGGAGAUCCAAUUAAAGUCGCUUUCGGCUAGCACGUUGUCAAUUAGCAGCAGCUCUAGCCUCGGCUCUUUGUCAACUACAUCGAGCAAGGGUUCGCUUAGUGGUAUAAGCUUCACAGACAUAUACGGCGACCCGCUUUCGACCGAUCCCCAGAUUGAUACGGUCGAUAUGAACCGACGCGUGCAACAUUUGUUCCAUCCAAGUUCCGAUGUGUCGUUGUCCCCGCGAAGCAGCCUAUCGACCGAAACACGACCUGCAUCUCCGAUGAAACAUGAAUGGGGAACAGGUUGUGAGAAUGGAUCAAGCUACGCAGCAAACGUAACAUUUACAGGCAAUGCGACUAUCAAAUUACCUACGGGUACGAGUGGAGGCGUCCUACCCCCUCCGAUGGUUGCUUCCAGUUACACUUCGUGCGAGUACAAUUUCGACCGACAGCGCUUGGAAGAGCAACUGCAGGAUCUAAAAAUAAAACAACUUGGCAUUGUGCCUUUGUCGCCAAUCUACGAAAAACCAUCUUACCUAGACAUUACACCGGCUGUUCUAUUAAGUCGUUCGUCCUCCACCUCGAAUACACGCUCUGUUUCGACCACGAUUAGUGAUGAAUCGGUGGCCGGUGAUUCUGGUGUGUUUGAGGCCUCUCGGGCUCCCUUACUGACUAAGGACUGCGCCCAAGUGCAGAUCGGUAUCCGCUAUAUGAGUGACGACAGCACACUGUGCAUUUCGAUUGAGAAAGGGAGAAACCUAACAGCCCUCUGUCUACCGGAAAGCUGUCAGUUGUUCAUUCGGGCAAUACUUUUGCCAAUAAGCUCUUCGAUGGUAUCGGCAACCCAUCAUAUCCGCACCAACACAGUAGCGGAUUUUGCGAAACCAGUUUUCCAAACUGUACUCGUGCUACAGUUGCCCCUAGAAAAGGUUUGUACAAAGUCUUUGCAUGUGAAGGUGAUGGUACUCGUUGGACAACGAGAAGAUUGGGUAGGAAGUGCCCAGAUUAGCUUGGCAGAGUUCAACCCUACUGAUGCGUCCAGCAAGUGGUAUAACAUCAUAAGCCGAAAGUCAAUGAGCGAGACCGAUCAGAUUGAUGAAAGAACUGGUAGCUCGUCUUUGGUGAUUGGAAUUAAGGAAGAAUCAUCGGAUGAUUCUACCAUUAUAUCAUCUUCUCAAACAUCCACAUUAACGCGCAACCAAGGCCAGGAUGAGCUACAAUCCGUGAUGGAGUUGGCAGAUGAAUUUUCGAAUAACGACGACGAGGACGACGAUGAUGAAGAUGAAGAUGAGCAUGUAUAUGAAGUCGAGGACAUUGAAGAAGAAAGCUGUGAAAAAGUGCAGCUGGAGCCCAGAUCAUCCUAUUUGGGGAGAAAUAUAACUAAAGAUAAUAGUGUAGAAAGUUAUGUUAGAGGCGGCGAUCAGGGAGUAAAAUUGGAGUCCAGAGAGACUCAGUGGCAGGUGCAAGGUGUAAGUGCAGACGAUACUGAUCGAAUGAUAAAGAACUAUAUGAAUUGUGUUAGGGGGACCGUAGUUGAUCGGGAUCCUUGCCAUAAAGAAAACAAACAGGAGUUAAUUCUGACCGUCGAGGUGGCUGACAAGGAAACGAACACCGAGUGCGCCUUCUUGCCGGAACGGAGUCGCAGACGAUUAGAUAGUCACCAUUCUGGUGCUCAUCGGUCCACUACUUCUGCUACAAUCGAAGAGGGAUCGAUUGUCGAUGAUCGAUUGGUAAAACGAUCACAAACCUUUUCCCCAAGUGCCGUAGCUAGUAAGACCCGAUACAUAUGCCGAUUGAACCGUAGCGAUUCCGACUCUGCCAUGCAUUUCAACAAUCCCGUGACGCCUCAUCCGUUUAAGCGAGGCUCUGUUGAGCGACGCUCUCUUCGCUAUCAUAAUCGUGUAUCAAAAGCUAUAUAUCAUAAAAUGCACCCCGCAGUGCCACGCACCAGUCUAGAUCUGGAACUCGACCUGAAAGCACAACAAACGAAGCUCGAGACUUUGACUGACGAAAUCGGACGGUUACGCGAAUUGAAGUAUCGAUUAGAGCAAGCUCGUGAUAAUAACGAUGUAAAGGUUGCAACAUGGGCCCUGGAAAACGAAGAUUUUUUGCGACUCGUAAAAAGUGUGAAUACAGCAUCACCGGAGGAACGCCAACUAGCUAAACUGUUGAUGAAAACGUCCAAAGAGAUCUACAAGUUACGCAAGACAAAAGUCGGCAAGGGCAAGCUGGAUUCGAUAUCAUUUAAGGAAAAGAUGGCUUUCUUUACAAGGCGUGGUGUAUCGGUACCGGAACUACCAUCGGAGAUCUUCAUACAAAACGGUGAAACGUGCGGAAUGGAAUCAAACUUCAUGGGUUUUACGGGAGAAGCAAAGGCGUUAACGUCGGUGGCGAUAACAUAUAAUCCCUGUUCAACCGUCAACGUGCAAACCCAUAAUAUUGAAUUGUGCAAAACCAUAUCAAAAGAAGGCAAUGCUGAUGAGGGCGAAGGAGGCGCUAUGACACCAACAAACUGUGACUCGGUAGAAGUGAUUGUACCAAACACAAAUGAAUCUAGCACUGGUCAAGAGGAGGAUAUCAACAGUGCUACUGCCACUGGCUCGUAUAACAAUGUCGAUCGAACGUUAGGUGUUCAAGUUUGAUGCUGAUGGCAAAAGGGAAUGUCUAACUCGUGUCUCUCUCAUUAUCUGUAUCAUAUGCUUCAUACUUACACAAUUUACGCCUAAUCCAUCGGUAUUGUUAAUUUUUCCUUUUUAAGAAUCGAUCGAAGAUCCUACUAUUUUUUUUUAGAAUUAUUAGUUUCAGUUGUAAUGUCGCGAUGGUAUAAGGUAAAGAUCAAGUUUAAAAUUACUUUUAUGUUGUAACAUGACACUUCUCCAAAUUUUCACUGUUCUAAAAUGGCAACCCCCAUUUUUUUAAAUGCCCUUUUAUGACUAAAUUUCGUUUUUUCCAAUAAUGUCUUGAGGGUAGCAUUGCUUGAUCGAAUCAGAUCCAACGAUGAAUCAAACUGGCACAGUGAAUAGAACGUUUUGUGGUGAGGCGAAUCAUAAUUGUUACGUUAGUUGUUGAAUGCUGGCAUCAAAUAUCUGCCGUCAAAUUUAGAAAUAUAACCGAAAGGUAUGCAUGCUUUCGAAUGUAGCAUGAAUGGUAUUGCUCGCAAAAUCGUUCAGCUUUUGAUGAUGCGAGUGGUUUGAACAAAGGCGUUAAAAACCAAAAGUCUAAAUGUUGAGGAAGGUUUACAGAAAAUCGUCUAAUAUGCCUGGAUGGAAGCUGUAAUUCACAAGGCUAAUGCUAAAAAAAUGUUGUUAAUCUGCGCCAGCGUCAACCUACGAACAUCAGCUAACUCUGUUUCUUUUAUUUUGUUGUAAAAAAAUAUAGGGUAACCAGUGCGCGUAGGAAUGCAGAUGCUUUGAAAAUUAAAUCGAAACGUGCAAUAGCGAAAAAUGUAUGAACUUUGUUAUAUCUGAA